AGUUACCACAGCCACAAACUUCGCCCAUUUCUACAAUUUUCUUCUUAAAAUUUGGAUUUUUAGACCUAACCUUAUCCAGACGGUUAACCGUAUGCCUAACGAUAACUCUUAAUUAACACCCCAAAUCACAUUUUUUGUUUUUAUAUAUUUUACUAUAUAGUUGAAACACGUGUUGGACUCCCGUUUGCAUUGCGUGUGUGCGUCACAGCUGUGCCACCCCAAAGUCAUUCCAGUUUUCUAGUGUAGCUAGCUAGCUAAGUAAUCUGGUGGACUCCAAUCAAGUUGUAGGAACAUCUCAAGGAUGAUCAAUGGAAACAGGAUGCGCCUGAGAUCAAUUUCGCAUCUCUUAGCAAAAGCUGAUCAUUGUCUGCAGCCUUCUCUGAUCGUAGUGUAAUGAGACAGGCAGAGAUAGUGAGCUCGUCCAUGGUGGUUGGCGAACACUAAAUCUUCUGGCCUUUUAGCCUUGCGUGUCAUCGACUGUGCCACAAAACCAUGCUAAAGUGAAUUGACAAGAAUCUAGAAUGUCACAUAGAACAUUUGAGGACGUGAAGGACGUCAUUCUAUCAGCCCACAAAAACACAGAGGCCGGGGACAAAGUUGGCUUCUACAACACCUGGGCAGAGAACUAUGACCAGGACGUGGGUCUUCUGGACUAUCGUGCGCCAAGUCUGGCGGCAAACUGCCUGUCCCCCUGUUUCCAUGGCGACCGGGUGACAGCAGUGAUUCUGGACGUGGCCUGUGGCACUGGAUUGGUUGCAGCACAGCUGAAGACGAUGGGCUUCAGGCAUUUUGUGGGCGUUGAUGGGAGCAAAGGCAUGUUGGAACUGGCCAAUAAGACAGGCCUCUACCAGGACCUCAAACAAUGCAUGCUGGGAGAUGAACCACUUCCUGUCCAAGCUGGGCAGUUUGAUGUGGUAGUGAUUGUUGGGGCGCUAAGUGACGGCCAGGUGCCAGUGAGAGUCAUCAGAGAGCUGUGCCAGGCCACCAAACCAGGUGGUUACGUCUGCAUGACAACCAGAGGUAACCAUGACAACCUGGAGUACAAGGCAGCGCUGGAGCAUGAGCUGGAGCUGAUGGAGGGGGCGGGGCUCUGGGGUCACGUGGCGAUCACAGAGGUGGAGGACUGGGAGAAAGCCGUAGCGGAGCCGGAGAAGGGGUACAUACCUGGAGUGGUGUAUGUUUACAGGAAGUCAUCACAGUGACAUUAUCACAAACACUUUUGUUUUGCCAAAAUAAUUUCCAUGUAAAUAAUUUGUCCAUGUAAAUGGACAAUAAAGUAUAUUGUAUCGUAUCACAUUGACCUCCUCACAGUAACAGACCUGUAACAACCCUGUACAGUAACACCUGUACAGUAACACCCCAGUACAGUAACACACCUGUACAGGCCAUAACAGUGACAUCACAGUAACACCCCUGAACAGUAACACACCUGAACAGUAACACACCUGUACAGGCCAUAACAGUGACAUCACAGUAACACCCGUGUAUAGUAACACACCUGUACAGUCUGUGACAGUGGCGCCCUACAUUGGCAUUGAGCGGCCAUCUUUGAAGACAGCUACUAUUCCAAAGAUAAAGAUGCCUAGAAAAUGCUUAUCCAAUAGAAAUCCCCUCAAACACGCUUGUAGACAAUGUUAUGGCGACGUUAGCUAGUGAAGAUCAUCCACAGAAAAAUGAAAUCAGGUCUAACGUUUGUGUUGUUCCGAACUGCGCCAUUUUAGCUAGUGGCCAUUACAGAAUGUCUAUAUACCAAAUAUUGAAAGAAUCUGAGUUACGGUUCAUGAGAAGAAGAAUUUUAAAGUAAUUUAGCAUUAGCUUUAUGCUAGCCCUUUUUUGUCAAACUUCAACGACCUGUGUUGUCUUUGGAGAUAUCCACAACAAACGUAUUUAAUUAUGAUCAAUCAUGUACGAGUUGUAUUUGAUAGUUUGACUGAUAUAACAAAAUAGCCUGGAUUUAUAGGCAUCAAAGUUUGUGAGAAGUUGUCGUCAGCCAAGCCAGUUGUAGCUUUAGAAGUUGUAGUAGAAUCUUCGUCAGACAAGCCAGCUGUAGCUUCAGAAGUUGUAGUAGAGUCUUCGUCAGACAAGCCAGCUGUAGCUUCAGAAGUUGCUCAAGUAAAGUUGCAUGAGUAAUAAAGAGUAAUUCUGGAGGUGGACACGGUGACAUGUAGAUGCAAGUCAGACAAUUUUGUAUCCCCAAAAUGCAACAUGCAUUGAAAGUUGGUGAUCAAUGGAAUCGGGUAAGAGCAUUUCUUUUGUAUCGUUGUUGAUAAUGUUUCUUGAACUAUUUGUAAUCGUAUACUGUCUGUUUUUUCCCAUGUUUUUUCAUAAGGUAGUCAUUUAUGAGCCUUGAGCUGUUGUAAUCAUCAUGUAUGUCAAUUGUCUUUAUUGUUGUUUAAACUCAACCAAAUAAAAUCAAAUGUUUUUAUAAAGCCCUUUUUAUAUCA